AACUGGAGUAAACCACCAGCAGAGUGUUUGUGGGUGUAUUUGAGUGUACGAGUGUCACAGGAUUAAAUAUUUACCACUGAAGUGUCACAUUUUCUGUCAAAAUGCAUCCGGUCAGAGUGUCGAUCCCGUCGUUUCGAUCGGAAAACAACCCGAUGGAGAAAGGAUUCACGGUCUUUAAGAUUGAUGUGCUGAUGAACGGCAGACAGCACAGUGUUGAGAAACGCUACAGUGAAUUCCACGCUUUGCAUAAAAUGCUAAAGAAGAGUAUAAAACCACCAGAGAUUCCCUCAAAACAUGUGAGAAAUUGGGUUCCCAAAGUUCUGGAGCAGAGGAGACAAGGUCUGGAGCUCUACCUGCAGACUAUAAUUAUGGAAAAUGGGGUUCUUCCAAAGAUAUUCCUGGAUUUCCUGAACAUCCGCCAUUUUCCUUCAGUGCCAAAAACAGAAAGCUGUGGGUCGUUCGAUACGGUAUCGGAGGAAUCGAGUAAACUUUCACACCAGCCGGUCCUUCUGUUUCUGAGAGACCCCUUCCUGCUGCCAUCUUCACACGACACAUUUGCUAAUGUGGUGAUCGAAGGUGUGGUGCACGGCGUUUUCUACCCUGAUCUUCAGCCGAGGUAGAGCUGCAGAGACGACUCUGAGGGCAUCUCCCCAUGAACAGAUGCUCCAUAUUUUGCACCAUUUUUAGGUGUUCAUCAGCAAGGGCGUAACAUGUUACAGCACUGAGCCUCAUUUAGAUAUUCCAAAGCAUACAAUUCUCAUCCAUACAUUAAGCUUAAAAAGGGAUAAAUAACUGGAACUGGAAAGUCACAGGCACUUAGGCUUAUUUAGUUAACACUAUAAUAUAUCUGUCAGCAUUAACAUGUCAUUUUAUAUCAAACUCUUAUAGGGGUUUACUUGUUAACUUGCUUUUGUGAUAUUAGCAUAAAGAGGUCAUUAUUUUAAAAUAAUAUAGCUUUAUAUAUAAGGAACAAUUAUUCUAAUUACUUUUAAGAUGCCAACUGUAGAAGAACCAGACUGAAAACACAGAUAACAGUUGGACUGUAGGACAGUUUGUGGGACAGCAAAUAGACCAGCUGACAGUGUGGAGGUGGGUCAUGCCCAAACAGGCUGCUGCCACUCCCUUGAUGCAUCAUGGUUGGUUAAUUUUUCUCUGAGUCACCAAAUUUAACCAUAUCAGAGAAAAACAAAUAGCAGCAGAAGGGGGGAACAUCCUACACUGUAAAUAAGUUGAGUUCUAUAAAGACAUUUUCACACAUGAACUCCUGAACAUUUCUCAAAAAUGUCAGGCCGACUACCCCUGAAAUCUCCCUGAGAUAAGGUCUUUGCAUAUUGAGUGAACAGCCACAUAUUAAGAAAGAAAUAACAUCUUAGGUUGUGCCUAUCAUGUUUGAACAAUGACACUGAAACUUUUGUCCAUUAUUAUUUUUUUCAGAACAGCUUUGAUUUUCAGUGUGCAAAGACCUUUUGGGAAAUUUUGAGGUUUGUGCACAUAUUAGAACGCUAUAAGUUUGUCCCUAGCAGCAAGACCUAUUUUGGUGAGCAUCAGAUAUUUGCAAAGGUCUAUGAUAGAGCUCACAGUGGUGUAAGUGGGCUCUGUGGUCGCAUUAUUGAUUAGCAUGAGGUUUGAGGCACAAGGCAGGCAGGUUAAAGAUGGGAAAAACUGCUAGGGAGGGAUGAUGUGUUACGGGAAGUUUAUGAUUUUCACCAGUUUUAGCAUUACACAUUUAUUUAUUUCAUUAUUUUUGAAUUUUCAGAUACAAAGGCUGAAAAAAUACGCAUAUCAGUUAAUAAAGGACAUUUAUUAGCUGGUCUGAAGGUGUUUUCACACUGCAUUACUUUGACAGCACUGUAACAGAGCUCCCCUCUCUUUACACCUUGAGACAUUCAGACUGAUAGCUCAACACCGUGAUGUUCUCCUGUCUAUCAAUUCAUAGUUUAUUUUGGCUUUGCAAGACAGUUGAGAGAGCAUGGCAUGGUAAAAGCUCUACAUAUAUUCAAGUAGUGCUGAUCCUGUUUUUGCCUCUGUUACUAUCUCCAGAGCCGGCAGAGAGGGGGAUCUUCCUUUACACAGCAAAUGUCCCAGGGGCAUAAUUAUCACAGCUUCUACAAAUUGGGUGAUAGAAAGUCUGGUCAUGUUGGCCAUUGAUAAAAGCAACCCAUCUGGGUACUUUGCCCAAACAAUGCCAGCUUUGGCCCUUUCUGGGUGAAAACAUUCCAUCCAAAUUAAUGGAGGUAAUGGGAAAGAUGGGUCUUUAUGGAUUUAAAUGAGGUUUAAAAAAGAAGUUCACGUUGGGCUCAACCUUAAGCAGACAUAAUGGCCUACAGAGGUGUAGAGAGCUCAGUUCUUUUCAAUUUGAAGCGAUAAGAGUAUUACAUUUUCAUAUUUAUUGUCAUCAGCCCUGGACUGAAGCUGACUUAUGUGACAUCCCCUGAGGAAGAUUAUCAAUUUCCUGCAGCUUAAUUUGGGGCCAAAUAGUCUUAAAGCACUUCUUAUUUCUGCAGUUGUCCUCCUCGAGGGCUUACACAGGCUCUCAUGUCAGAGUGGAUUAGGUGUAAGAUGAAGGCCUCUGAUUUAUUUGAAGGACAGUUCCAAAAAUAAGUAUAGCAUUUGAAAAUAAUUUCACUAACAAUAAUGAAAGUUUGUAUGUUCAUUCAAAUAAAACACAACCCUUGUAUUAAUCACAAGUAGGUAGGGAAUUUUCUUCUAACACCUAAUAAAGGCCAGUAACACUAAUACCGGUAAUGCUCUAUGUCAUAAUAGUUUUAAUACUUAAAAAGGUAAUAUUUUUCAUUUGUGAUGAUUAGAGGAGUAUUCACCCAUUACUAAAGGGAUGCAGACAGUGUUAAUGUGAAAAGUGUUUAUUCAAUGAUAGAUGGCGAUUUAAAGGACUUAAACCAGUAAAACUGUGCAAUAUGUAACAAAAAACACACUGUCUUUAUAUAUCGCUCCUCAUCUGUGAAGAUACAAAUCAUCUCUAACACUCACAAUGACUUGUUUAUAUCAGACUUUAUAUUACAUAUCAUGAAUUAUGACAACUCUCUUCAUGUGACUGGACCUCCACUACAGCUACAUAUUUUGAUUAAAUGUAUCCCGAUCGAUCAACCUCAACUAACCUGAUCAUGAUUUUAUGUUUCACAAGGAAAUCACUUCAUAGAGAUCAUCACAAAGAUUUAUAUGUAUUUAUAACUUUUAUCAUUGUACUGUUUCAGUGUUGUUUAUGUGCCAUAGUGUCGACCUACAGUGAGCACUGGAACUGUAGCACUUUAACAUGAAGCGUACUGACACAAAUAAAAUUCAUUAUUUCCUCAAACCUGUUGUUUUGGACUAAA